GCUGAUAACCUUGGCGUGAGCAGGAAGUCAUUGACGGCGUCCCUCAAGACGUUCACAUCUGCAGUUUGGUUGUUCGACCGUUGGUGGAGGAGAGUUAUCAUGCAGGAGCUCGUUCGAGAUCCACGAUCCGAGGUUUUGCAGAUAAUUGAUGAUGUUGGGUACGAUGAGACGCCAGCUGAGGUGGCUGGCGGCGGGUCCGAAUUGUCGAUUGUUGCAGGACCAGCACGGAGCACGGAAACACAAGUUGCCAUGCGCCAUCUUGAGCAGAAGUUCAAAAAAGCCAAGGCAGCGACGAGCACUAAAGUUCUCAUCACGGCGAACGCAUACGAGAUUCUCGCUAAGAGGGUAGAUGCGAAUGGUGACAACCCGAAGUAUUUCAUGAUCUUAGGCUCCCACGUUUCGAUUGCACAAGCGCUGAGGUCGAACAGCACUAGCGACUUGAUGGCGGCCCUGGAGGUUUCUCAAUGUUCGUCUUCGUUGGAGGCAUUGGCACAAGAUGCAUCUAGAUGCGUACAUGUUGACAGGCACCCGUCGAAUCUUCAGAGCGAGAGGCGAUUGCAGCGUCGUCGUUUGCGCCAGCACUCUCGUUGGCCAACUUUCCUGUCGACGUGCUCCCAGCAUAAGGCAGUUACCAUUUCCAAUGCUGCCAUAUUUCCGACCGAGUUGAGCGCCGCUGCCUCUGCGAUCACGCACGUCAGUUUGUCGCUCCAGCACACCACCUUCCGCACGCAGUUCACAGAGUCGAUGCGUGACGUCAUUGAGGGCAUGGUUGAUGUUAAGCAUGGCGUGUGUGACGAUGUUGAUGCUGCGCACCGUCGGCUUAUUCUACGAUACUUUAUCCGCGUCGGGUCUCGAGCGUCUGUGAGGCGCAUGCUGUGUGAGAGGCUGGCCCCGUGCUGUUGGGACAACGACAGGAUUGUUGCAUGGGUGCCCCUUGGGUCGGCCGAAGCCGAAGAACUUGUGAAGGCCCGCGUUGCCCAUGGGCUCACCGAGGCGUUCACCAACAAGGUUUGGCCAAUAUUCAAUCGUGAGAAGAUGGCUCGUGGCGAGGAGGCUUUGUGCGAUUUCACCCUUCCGCUAUUGUGUUGUGGCGCACUGAAAGCAGCUUACAUCGAGUGUUGUGCUCGGAUGAAGAAGAUCGAGAAAUCAAGUAAAUCUUCGACGAGCGGUCGGCCCGACGAGUACUCGAUCGUCGCUGCAGGCGCUGAGCCAGGCGGGCCCGCUGCCCACGUUCCAGUGGAGUCUGGCGGCUUUGCAGAUGGGACGUGGGCUCAACAAAACGCGUACAGUCGGAAAGUUGGCUUGAGGUUCUUGGAGGGCUGUGAUGGCUUCAAGCCAACUGGCGUGUGCGUGGUACUCCGCAUGGUCUACGCUGUGACUGGCCGCGUUGAGAAGGGGAACCUCUACAUUGCAUCCGACAAGUAUGAGCGGCAGCAGCAGGCAGCCGCAGCAAAGCGAAUCCAGGACGGCGUGGCCAGGCCUGGGGAGCUGUUGAGGGAUUACGCCGCUCUGGUCAGGGCCCGCGGUGCGAUAGAGGGAAAAGCUUUCAGGCAACUCAGGACGCUGAUGUUUGACACGCGGGUCUGGUGCUUGGUUCCCAGUGCCGAGGUUACGGUGAUACUCUCUGCCACGGCAUUCCUUUCAAUGUCUCGGGCUGGAGCGCAGAUUGAAAGACUCAUGGCCAAGCCGCACUCGCUUCCCCCCUGGCGCCUGCUGCUUGUGGCCGAGCAACCCGACUUGGCAGAAUCGAUCAAAGACUUCAGGCCCUGUGGACUUGAUAAGUGGAGCCGCACUUUCAUGAAGCAUAAUGAUUUGUCAUCUUUCGAGGCCAGGCUCAAGAUCGCGUUGCACCUCAUUGCCAUCAAGAUUACCACCACUGCGAGGGAGAAUGACAACGGCAACUUCAGGCGCAUUGUGAAGAAGCGCGUUCAAUCACGGAAGGCCGACUUGGUUUCGUUGAACAGCGAUUGGGUUCAGCAGCAGUGCAGGUGUGAUAAGGCGCGUGAGUUGUAUAGAGAUCCUCCCGACGGCGAUGGCGAUCAGGACGACGGCGGGAAUGGCGCCUCCAGCAGCGGUCCUCGGGGCGGCGGCGGCGGUGCUUGGAGGUGUUUCGUGCGCACGCAGAAGAGCCACGACUUGCGUAGCGUGGCAGUGCUGUACCGUGCUCUCAAGGACACCGUCGGCAGCGAGCUCCUCCAGAAGUGCAUCACCGACGGCGCGGCUGCUGCGCAUCGGCGGCGGGCGGGGGACAUUGGAAGCGGUACAUCGUUCGGGCCAACUACUAAACAGAUCAAGCGAAUGAAGCAGCAGAAGUUCGAAGUGGCUUGCUUGGAAGCUGCGCGGCGCGGAGACGCUGAUGAACAGAUCUGCAAACUCUUGGACCAGGCGGUAGCGACUGACUACGACUUGCAGCGAGCCGCCACGCUUGCAGCGUCUUGCGAUCGGCAGAUUGCGGCAUCGAGCCGAGAGGCAGAUGAACAUGACAGUGCGGCCAUUAAGAAGUACAGCGAUGCCCACACGCCCGACCUUCGCACGGAGAUGAACGCGACGGGCGGUUGCAUGCCUGUAGCUUCGCCCACUUUCGUUGCUGUUCCACCGCCAUUCCUCGGUGUGAAGUGCGCCCAGCAAACCAAGCUUGGCACCGUCAAGGCCGCCGACGAGCUCAUCGAGUACUGCAACAGCUUCACCGUGCACCACUCCAACCUGAUAAAGUCGAUGGAUCAGCAGAUGGACCACCUGUGCCGUCUCAACCAGGGCGUUCGUCAGAACGAGUCCUCCGACGAUGACGGCGACGACGUGAAGGAGUCGCCGUGCUGGCUUGCUGGGAUUUGCGUAUGCUCUCCUGAAGGCGCUGUGACAAAGCGGUUCAGGGACAACAUCCUCCGUGCCAUGAAGGUUGCGUUUCCAGUUGGCAAUUUCAAUCGCGAGCUCCUUGGAGGCGGCAAGGUGUUCGUGGAGCUGUUUGGCGAGCCGUCCGCUGACCAGCUGGAGUUGGCAGAGUUUUACGGCAUCGACGGGAAGCACGAGGUGAUGUGGCACAUCAGCUUCCAGUCGUGGUCGCCGUACGAGCCCAUGGUCCAGGCCGUGGUGCCGCCGCUGCCCGAGGAGGCCGCGCUGGUGUCGCCUUCCGCGGGCGAGAGAGCGGUCAAGGUUGUCGGCGAGUGGCAGUCCUUGUUCGACGCCGCCGCCGAGCUGGAGCGCGACCAGCUCACGUGGACCAUGCGGUUCCUGGAGCUGGUCAUCCACGAUCG